AUGUAUGGUGGUAAUCCCUAUAUGUUUAAUGAAUUAGCAUCUGAUAUGUGGAUUCAACGAAAUAUUCCCGGUGGAUUAAACAGUCCAUGGGGUUCAUAUGUUGAUAAUAUGAUGGGUGGAAAUCCAAAUCCCACAUUUGCACAACGAUUUGGCGGUUAUGGUGGUUAUGGUGGUUAUGGUGGUUAUGGUGGUUACGGUGGUUAUCCAGGAUAUGGUUCUUCAUACGGAAGAUGUAAUACAUUAAAUAUGUAUGGUGGUAAUCCCUAUGUGCUUAAUGAAUUGGCAUCUGAUAUGUGGAUUGAAAGAAAUAUUCCCGGUGGAUUAAACAGUCCAUGGGGCACAUAUCUUGAUAAUAUGAUGGGUGGAAAUCCAAAUCCAACAUUUGCACAACGAUUCGGCGGUUAUGGUUAUCCUGGAUAUGGUUAUGGUUAUCCAGGAUAUGGUUAUUCAUACGGAAGAUGGUAUUAG